AUGACUCUAUCAAGGAAAGAAAAGGGAGCAUAUGAUAAGAAAGCCACACAAAGAUUACAAAUACCUAUUAGUAUACUGGGAUCAUUCUGGUUCACCAAUUCUCAAUAUCUUACAAACCCUGGCCGUGGUCAAUCAAAGCACAUUCAAUUUCUAAGCACCCUCCCUGCUCCUGCGUCAAUCUGGACAGAUGGUAUACUUUUGAAUUGUGGGAACCUAGUAAAGACUUUGAAACUCAAAUUGCAUGAUUUGUCUGGCUAUGGCAAUGCAGAGGCUUCACAAAUGAGCAAGAGUGUUGAGGAUAACACAUUGCCAUUUGACACAUUCAAAGACCUGACAAGACAUGGAAUUGGACUGGUAAAUAUCAAGAAGAUUUUCACUGCUUUUCCUGGUCUAGAGUUGGUAGUAAUUGAUAUUCCAGCAGAUUCAUAUGACUCAAACUCGUUUACUCUGAUUUCCUACGGCUUGACACCUCUAUUGAGACUCAUCCCGCAUUCAAGAGUGAUUAUGUUUGGCGGGAAUUUACACUGUCAGAUGAUGAGAGCAAAUCUAAGGCUAUCAAGUGUUUAUACUGCCCGUUGGUCCAAAGAACUAGUCGUUUGUGGAUGUUGUGGGAUCAAGCUUCUUUCUCACUGGAAGAUGAUGAGGUCUAGAACCAUGCUUCAUUGGGCUGAAGUUUGGAGUGAAGUUGUUGAUGUGCCAUUGAUUGCGGUGGAGUCAAAUGGCAACUGA